UGGAGAAAUCCAGUCGAAGGUGCUAGAAAAGACUUGUGAAGAUGGAACAACAAAAGGAAGGGACCAUGCCAGAGAGGAACAACCUGUCCCUGCCAUCACCUGGGACCGAGUCAUGGCCGCCUGCACCUUUUCCAGCCCUGCACCCUUCUCUCCUGGGCACCCCAGAUCCAGCCCACCUGGGGCUCCCCGAGAGCCUGGCCUCUGUCACCGUCCCCAUCCGUCUGGAUGCGCUUUCCUACCUCCUGCACAGCGCCCUCAUGGGGGCCUACAGCUAUCAACAGUCCUUGCCCUCCUGCCCCUGCACUUCCCCACCGCCGCAAGGCACUGCCAGAAGGCCGUACAGAGGUCGAGGGGGCUGGGAGGUCCGACGCAGGCCAGGCCGGGGCCAGGGACAGCGACGAUGGGGACUUGGGAGGGCUGAGCAGGCAGAGAGGGGUUGGAUGGAGGGCUCUAGGGCUGGCCCCAAGAAUCCACCAGCAACACCGCCGUCAUCAACACCACCUGCCCAGGAUGGGAAGAAGGAAACUCAAGGUCUGGAGCCUCCCUUGGAGACACCACCUGCAGAAGACUGGGAGGCAGAGUACUAGGGGCCUGAGGGUCCUGUACACCCCUGACUCCGGAAGGGCCCCUUGAGGGUCUCCAGGAGGGUGACCUUAGCCCUGCCAGAGAUAACCCAAGAAACAUCUUACUCCCAUCCCUCUCCCCCCAAAACCACAGCCUCAGAAGUGGGUCCUCUGAGUCAGCUGGUGAAACUCGGACCUGACUUAGGAUCCCAAAGCAGCCAAAAACAAAAACAAAAACCCUGGACCUCAUACCUGUAUUGAAACCUCUUCUCAAUCCUGACACCGUCCCCAACUACAGCGACAACCCUCACCUCACUCUCAACACCCAGGGCUCCUCCAGCCCAUCCUCAACCCCAUUCCUAACCCAGAAGGCAUUCCUGCCUGCUCUACUGGUCCCAUCCCAUCCAUGCACGCUCUCAGUACCAUGCUUCCCAACACAGUCAUUCCUGUCCUGUUCUUAUCCCGUCUCCACCCCAGCCUCCCUCCUUCCCAGCUCCCUCAUCCUCUUUCCCCAUCUACCUCAGGCCAGCCCAGUCCUUAUCCUUAGCUUCACCUAAACUCCAGCCCCCCAAACACCCCCUCCCCGGUCUUCAACGCUUGCCAGCCCCACCUGGUCCACAACCUCCUUCCUGUCCCAAGUGUGACAUGCCUGGUGACCCCACCUGCAAAGAACCCCAUUGGCCCAACCUCUCUAGACACCUGCAGCCCUCACCCCAUUU